AUGGAGGCAAAAUCCAUAGUCAUCGGCGUGGAGGGGAUGACAUGCAAUUCCUGUGUUCAAACCAUUGAACAGCACGUCGGGAAGAUGAAUGGUAUCCAUAACAUAAAAGUAUCUCUAGAGGAUAAGAAUGCAGUCGUCAUUUAUGACUCAAAACUGCAGACUCCAGCAACACUGCAGGAAGCAAUAUAUGACAUGGGAUUCGAUGCUACGUUACCUGAUUCAAACCCACAACCUGUUUUACCUGACACUAUUUUUCUUGCAAUUCCUGCUCAGUCAGCUCUAACGUCUAAACAGAUUUGUAGUACACUACUAAAGAACAAAGGUAUCGUGGAUGUUAAAAUGUCCUCUGAUCAAAAAACUGCAGUGGUGACUUUCAUUUCUUCCAUUAUAAAUGGCAAGCAGAUUAUCCAAAUGGUCCCAGGAGUAGAUUUAAAAAUCUCAGCACCAGAGGUAACGCCUGGAACUUGUGAAGAUUCCACCUGGUCUCAAGCAAGUAGCGUUGUGCUGCGCCUGAAAGUAGAGGGGAUGACCUGUCAUUCCUGCACCAGCACCAUUGAGGGGAAGGUUGGCAAAUUGCACGGAAUUCAGCGGAUUAAAGUGUCCCUGGACAAUCAGGAAGCUGUUGUUGUCUACCAGCCUCAUCUAAUUACAGCCGAAGAAAUAAAACAUCAAAUUGAAGCUGCGGGUUUCACAGCAUCUUUCAAAAAGCAGCCUAGACCCCUCAAGCUCAGUGCUAUUGACCUGGAAAGGUUGAGGAAUACUCAGACCAAAGGCUCUGAGACAGCGCUGAAAGAAGACUCGAAUGUGAAUGAUACAAAGACAGUCGUCCUCAGAAUUGAUGGCAUGCACUGCAAUUCAUGUGUCCUCAAUAUUCAGAGUACCAUAUCAGCACUCCCAUCAGUAACAAGUAUAGUUGUUUCAUUAGAGAAGAAAUCUGCCAUUAUAAACUAUAACCCAAACUUAAUUAGCGUAGACAUACUGAGAAAAGCCAUAGAGGCAGUGUCUCCAGAGACAUUUAAAGUCAGCUUUCCUGAUGAAUGUGAAAAUGUAGCACUUUUCCCCAUGCUGGCAUCUCCACUGAAGCUUCCUCAUCCAGCUUUGAAGGAUGCCGGCCAGCCACUUACUCAAGUUGUUGUGAUAAAUAUCGAGGGAAUGACUUGCAACUCUUGUGUGCAGUCCAUUGAGGGAGUCAUAUCCCAAAAGGCAGGUGUAAAAUCUAUUCAUGUCUCUCUCACAAAUCGUAAUGGGACUAUAGAAUAUGACCCUCUGCAAACAUGCCCAGAAGACUUGCAAUCCUCAAUAGAGGAUAUGGGAUUUGAUGCAUCUGUAUCAGCAAAGGCAGAACUACCUAUGGCAAUAGCUCAGCCCUCGCCUGACGUGCAGCUGGAAUCUCACAAAACCGAGCCUCCCUCCAAAGUGUCGCCAACCCACCUUGCUAGACAGGAGACAAAGACUAUAUCAAAGUGCUAUGUCCAAGUCACAGGAAUGACAUGUGCUUCAUGUGUAGCCAACAUUGAGAGAAAUUUGAGACGAGAAGACGGAAUACAUUCAAUACUUGUUGCUCUAAUGGCCGGAAAGGCAGAAGUAAGGUAUAAUCCUGCUGUCAUACACCCUUCAGCUAUUGCAGAGCUCAUCCGAGAACUGGGAUUUGGAGCUACCGUGAUGGAAAACUGUGGUGAAGGAGAUGGAAUUCUGGAACUUGUUGUGAGAGGAAUGACAUGUGCUUCUUGCGUACACAAAAUAGAAUCCACCCUCAUGAAGACAAAUGGUGUUUUAUACUGCUCGGUAGCUCUUGCAACCAACAAAGCACACAUUAAAUAUGAUCCUGAGAUUAUAGGUCCUCGAGAUGUUAUGCAAGUGAUAAAGGAUUUAGGUUUUACUACUUCGUUAGUCAAAAAAGAUAGAUCUGCUAGUCAUCUAGAUCACAAACAGGAAAUAAGGCAGUGGAAAAGGUCUUUUGUUGUGAGUCUCGUGUUCUGUAUUCCUGUCAUGGGGCUGAUGAUUUACAUGAUGGUUAUGGACAGUCAGCUUUCAGAUGCUCACGCACAUCACAACAUGAGCAGUGAGGAGAUGGAGGCCCUUCACUCCUCCAUGGUCCUGGAGUACCAGCUCCUACCAGGAUUGUCUGUUAUGAAUUUUCUGUCGUUUUUACUCUGUGUCCCUGUACAGGUGUUUGGAGGCUGGCACUUCUAUAUACAGGCGUACAAAGCACUGAAGCACAAAACUGCAAAUAUGGACGUGCUCAUUGUUUUGGCAACCUCCAUUGCAUUUGUCUACUCGUUUGUUAUUCUUCUAGUUGCCAUGGCUGAGAAAGCAAAAGUAAACCCUGUAACUUUCUUUGACACGCCUCCUAUGCUGUUUGUGUUCAUCUCAUUGGGCCGGUGGCUAGAGCACGUUGCAAAGGGUAAAACAUCAGAAGCACUGGCAAGACUAAUUUCAUUACAAGCUACUGAAGCUACUAUUGUUACCUUGGGCCCUGAUAACGUUCUUUUAAGUGAAGAGCAAGUUGAUGUCGAACUGGUUCAACGAGGUGACAUUGUCAAAGUGAUCCCAGGAGGCAAAUUCCCAGUGGAUGGUCGUGUUAUUGAAGGACACUCUAUGGUAGAUGAAUCUCUUAUCACGGGUGAAGCGAUGCCUGUGACUAAAAAACCUGGCAAUACAGUUAUUGCAGGUUCUAUUAAUCAGAAUGGAUCACUACUGAUUUCGGCAACCCAUGCUCCUAUCCAGCAAUUUGCAGACAAACUUAGUGGCUACUUCGUUCCUUCUAUUGUGGCUGUCUCUGUGGUUACCCUUUUUGCCUGGAUUAUAAUUGGAUUUGUGGAUUUUGAAAUAGUAGAAAAAUACUUUCUGGGUUACAAUAAGAGCAUUUCUGCAGCCGAAGUGAUAAUCCGCUUUGCUUUCCAAGCCUCCAUCACAGUCUUGUGUAUUGCAUGCCCCUGUUCUCUGGGAUUAGCCACCCCGACAGCUGUGAUGGUUGGUACUGGAGUAGGAGCUCAGAACGGCAUACUGAUCAAAGGAGGAGAGCCAUUAGAGAUGGCACAUAAGGUAAAGGUGGUUGUAUUUGACAAAACAGGUACUAUCACUCAUGGGACUCCAGAAGUGACGCAGGUGAAGUUUCUAGUGGAGGGUAACCAACUACCACAUAAUAAAAUGCUGGCGAUAGUGGGGACUGCAGAGAGUAAUAGCGAGCAUCCUCUUGGAGUAGCAAUAACAAAAUACUGCAAAAAGGAACUGGACUCGGAAACCCUUGGGACGUGUACAGAUUUUCAGGUAGUUCCAGGCUGCGGCAUUAGUUGUAAAGUCACCAAUAUUGAAGCAUUACUCUACAGGAAAAAUAAAAUGGUUGAAGAAAACAAUAUUAAAAAUGUGACACUUGUGAAAAUUGAGGAAAAUAUGGAUGAAUCGGUGCAGCCUGCUUUGAUUAUUGAUGCUGGACUACCAACUACUAUGACUUCUCAAAAAUACUCUGUUCUCAUUGGGAACCGGGAAUGGAUGAACAGAAAUGGCCUCCUCAUUAAAAAUGAAGUUGAUAAAGCCAUGACGGAACAUGAGCGGAGAGGGCGCACAGCAGUUCUAGCAGCUGUUGAUGGAGUGCUUUGUGGCUUGAUAGCUAUUGCUGAUACUGUGAAACCAGAAGCUGAGCUGGCAGUCCACACUUUGAAGAGUAUGGGAUUAGAAGUUGUCCUAAUGACUGGUGACAACAGCAAAACAGCAAGAUCUAUUGCCUCUCAGGUUGGCAUCACCAAAGUGUUUGCAGAGGUUCUUCCCUCCCACAAAGUAGCCAAAGUGAAACAGUUACAAGACGAAGGAAGACGGGUGGCCAUGGUUGGAGAUGGUAUCAAUGACUCCCCAGCUCUUGCUAUGGCCAAUGUGGGAAUUGCUAUUGGCACGGGUACUGAUGUAGCCAUUGAGGCAGCUGAUGUGGUUCUAAUUAGGGAUGACUUGAUGGAUGUGGUAGCAAGUAUAGAUUUAUCGAGAAAAACUGUGAAAAGGAUCCGGAUCAACUUUGUCUUUGCUCUAAUUUAUAAUCUGAUUGGAGUUCCCAUAGCUGCUGGUGUCUUCCUGCCCAUUGGUUUGGUUUUGCAGCCGUGGAUGGGAUCUGCAGCAAUGGCUGCCUCCUCUGUUUCUGUUGUGCUUUCUUCUUUGCUGUUAAAGAUGUACCAGAAACCAAGUUCUGAAAAACUCGAGUUCCGGGCCCGUGGCCAAAUGAGGCACAAGAGUCCGUCAGAAAUCAGUGUUCACAUUGGAAUUGAUGAGACUGGGACAGGCUCUCCUAAACUGAGCUUAAUGGAUCGAAUCAUCAAUUACAGUAGAGCCUCUAUAAAUUCCCUCUUUUCAGACAAGCGUUCUGUGAACAGCAUAGUUCUUAAUGAACCAGAUAAGCAUUCACUUUUGGUGGGGGAUUUUGGAGAAGAUGAUGACACGGCAUUAUGAAAGACUUGCCCCUCCCAACCCUGCUAAGCAAAAAAAAAAAAAAAAAAAAAAA